AUGCAUCUUAACCACGUAACUGAAGAUGAUCUAUGCCUGCUAUUGUUUUCCGACUGGCCUAAGAGCAAGCUCCAACUCGUGCAAGUCAAUCAGGCAGAAGAAACAAGAACAAUACAGACUCUCAAGACAACAUUUGACUCUGUGUUGCCGGAGUUUGAAGUUGUAGGCUCUUGUAAUGGACUGGUAUGUCUAUACAACUACUUCUAUGAUGACCCACUUUACAUAUACAAUCCCUUUAGCAUUGAGCACAAGGAGUUGCCAAGAUUUGAGGCAUCUCCACAUUUAAACAUUUGCAGAACAGUGUUUGGAUUCGGAUUCCAUCCGAAAACAAAACAGUACAAGGUGAUAAAAAUAGUUUACUACAAGCAAAGUAACAAUGAUCUUGUUGGUGGCAAUCCAGAUGCCUUUGUGCUUGCUUUGUCUGAUGCUACUCUCACAUGGAGAAACAUUGGGAAAAUAGAUUAUGAACUUAGUGGUCCAACCUCAGAAGCGUUAGUGAGUGGAAAACUUCAUUGGCUGAGCUUUGUUCUUGUCCAUGAAGAGGUGAGAUAUAGAGAGAUAAUCUCAUUUGACAUAGAAACUGAGGAAUUCCAAGUUGUUCCAAGACCAAGUUGUGGUGGUCUGAAUCAAAUCAAUUAUCAUCUGGUGACAUUAAGAGGUUGUCUUUCAGCAGUUGUUAGUAGUGGUGGUGGGUCAAAUGAGAUAUGGGUGAUGAAGGUUUACAAUGAGAAGACGUCUUGGAGGAAGGAAUUAGUUAUUGGGAAUUAUGUGCCAAUGUUGAGAAUAACAAUGGCUCCUCCUUCUAGGAGAAAGAAGAAUGGAUAUCAAGGUGGAGCAUUUAGAGUUUUGUGUGAGUUGAAAAAUGGGGAGAUAGUGAUUUUGCAUUGGAAUAGAUUCAUUGUCUCUUAUGAUCCAAAUAAUGGAGAAUUCAAGGAGAUUAAUUUUCAAGGACUCCCUCUUGAAUUCCAAGCAAGUGUUCAUGUGGGUAGCCUCAUUUCAGUUCACAAAGUUUUUGGUAUGUGA